AUGGUUAUUAUAUUUCAAGUUAGACAUAUAUAUUUUGUAGGUAAACCCUGUCAACUGGCAUUUAAACGAAUCAAAAAAAGUUCACUUAUCUCUCAUUCGCAACCGCGAUCCGUUACUGUUGGAGACUUCAAUAAUGACAAACGAAUCGAUAUUGUUGUUGCCAAUUCCGGUAGACAUACUAUUGGUAUAUUUCUUUCAUAUAAUAAUGGGACAUUCGCAGAUCAACAGACCUAUUCAACUGGUUCUCAAUCUUUUCCUUAUUCGGUUGUUGUCAAUGAUUUUAAUAAUGACAGUUAUCUUGACAUUGCUGUCGCCAAUUAUGGAACCAACAACAUUGGUAUUUUUCUUGGAUAUGGCAACGGAAUGUUUUCUGGUCAAAACGUAUUUUCAACUGGGUCUUCCCGUCCAUUGUUUAUCACUACUGGUGAUUUUAACAAUGAUAAUCGGCCGGAUAUGAUUGUAGCUAAUUAUGGUACUAACAGCAUUGGUAUCUUUCUUGGUCAUGGUGAUGGAUGUUUUCAAGUUCAGAUAACAAUUUAUACUGGUUAUGAUUCUCUCCCACAUUCCAUAGCUGUUAAUGAUUUCAACAAUGACAAUCAUUUAGACAUUGCUGUUGCUAAUUAUGGUACUCAUACUAUUGGCAUUUUUCUUGGAUAUGGUAAUGGAUCUUUUGAAAGCCAAACGACUUAUACUACUAGUGUUCACUCAAAUCCAUCCUCUAUCGCAACUGGCGAUUUUAACAAUGACAAUCAUUUAGAUAUUGUUGUUGCUAACAAUGGCACUGGCAAUCUAGGAAUACUAUUUGGCUUCGGUAACGGGACGUUUACAGCACAAACAACAUAUUCUAUUAAUGCCAAUUCUCAUCCACGAUAUAUUGCUGUUGGUGAUUUUAACAAAGACAAGCAACUGGAUGUGGCCAUUGAUGAUUUAGAAAAUAAUCAGAUACAUAUUAUUUUGGGAUCUGAUAAUGGUACUUUUACCACAUUAUCAACAUACGAUGGAAUAUCUGAAUCUCAUCCAUUUUCGAUUGCUGUAGCUGACUUCAACGAUGACAAUCAAUCAGAUAUUGUCGUUGCUAAUUAUGGUACUAAUGAUGUGCUUGUAAUUAGUGGAUACUUCAGUGAACCGUCUGCAAGACAAACAAACUAUUUGAUUCAAAAUCACACUACUACGACGUUCGUUGUCAUUGCUGAUUUUAACAACGACAAUUACCUCGAUAUAGUUACUAAUGGUUUUUCAAGUGACGAUUUACUCUUAUUAACUGGUUAUGGGAACGGAACUUUUGUCAGAGAAAAGACAUUUUCAACUGGUUAUCAAUCGUUUGCACAGCAAUUUUGUACUAGUGAUUUGAAUAACGACAAUCGAAUGGACAUUGUCAGUGCCAAUAUGGGCUCUGACAGUGUAGGUAUUAUUCUUGCUGAUACUAAUCAAAUCUUCGCCAACGUGACGACAUAUUCUACUGGUAUUGGUUCUAGUCCAUUAUGGGUGGCAGUUGGUGAUGUUAAUAAUGAUAAAAAAUUGGAUAUUAUAUCCGCUAAUUCAGGUACUAAUAGUGUCGGCGUUCUUCUUGGACAUGGUGAUGGAACUUUUGAUAUCGUUGUUACGUAUUCUACUGGUGUUGGCAACAAUCCGCGUUCAGUCGCUGUUGGUUAUAUCAAUAAUGAUAAUUAUCUAGAUAUUGUCACCGGUAAUUACUAUUCGUCCAGCCUCUUGAUACUUCACGGAGAUGGUAAUGGAACGUUUAGACUGGUGACAGUUUUUUCAACGGGAUACGAUUCAGGUCCGACUUCGAUUACUCUUGCUGAUUUUAAUAGUGACAAUCAUCUAGAUAUCGCGGUUACUACCCUUAGCGUAAAUAACAUUGGUAUUUUUCUUGGAUACGAUGAUGGAAAUUUUGGACCAGAAAUGAGUUAUUCAACAGAAACUAACUCUGCUUCAUACUCUCUCAUCGUUGCUGACUUCAAUCAUGAUAAUCAAUUAGAUAUUGCUACUCCCAUCUUCACCAAUGAUGAAGUAGUUAUUUAUUUUGGGUAUGGCAAUGGAAGUUUUCAACUGGCAAGAACGUAUUCCACUGGAUUCGGCUCAAGGCCGUAUGAUAUCGCAGUUGCCGAUUUCAACAAUGACACACAAUUAGAAAUUGUUGUCGGUCUUUACGGUAGCGGUACCGUAGCCAUAUUAACUCAAUACUUGGCUGCAAAGUUUACAAAUCAAGCAAUCUAUUCAACAGGUUCUGCUCCACAGCCGUAUUCUAUAGCUAUUGCUGAUUUAAAUAAUGACAGUCGGUCAGAUAUCGUCAUUGCCAAUUCAGGAACUGAUAAUUUACAUAUAGGUUUUGGUCUUGGCAAUGGAACAUUUGGAUCCCCAAUGAUAUAUCCAACUGGAGUUGAUUCCCGUCGACAAUAUGUCAUUACAGGUGAUAUAAAUAAUGACCAUAAUUUGGACAUAAUUAUUGCCAAUUCAAAGCAUGACAGUAUUAGUAUGAUCAUGGGAUAUGGUAAUGGUAGUUUUUCCAACAAAAUGCUAUAUUCCACUGGCGAUGGUUCGUAUCCAUCUGUAGUUAUUAUUAGUGAUCUUAACAAUGAUAAUCGCUCCGAUCUGAUCAUUGUUAAUGAAGGCACCGAUAGUAUAGCAACACUUGUCGAGUAUGACUAUGCAGUGUUUAAGACUCAUCAAAAAUAUUCAAGUGCGAAUAAUCUGAUGCCCACCGCGGUUGUGACUGCUGAUUUCAAUAAUGACAAUUAUUUAGAUAUAGGCGCUACUUUUAUCAAUAGUGGCAAUGUUGGUAUACUUCUAGGAUGUGGUAACGCAAGUUUUGGUGUUAUGAUGACUUAUCCAACAGGAAUUGGCUCAUUCCCUACCGGACUUGCCGUGAACGACUUUAACAGCGAUGGUAGAAUCGACAUUGCAGUAGCUGAUUACGGUACUGACAAUGUAAUCAUUCUUAUGGGAUAUGGUAAUGGAAGUUUCGCCAACAUGAUGUAUUUUUCAACUGGACGUAAUUCUGGACCAUUUUCGGUCGCUCUUGCUGAUUUAAAUAGGGACGGCUGUUUGGAUAUCGCUGUAGCUAAUUCUGGUAGUGAUAGUGUAGGCAUUCUUCUUGGAUAUGGUAAUGGCAAUUUCGCCACUAUUAUGACUUAUCCAACUGGAGUUGGUUCGUUCCCAGUCGUGAUCAUCAUCAGUGAUUUGAAUAAGGACAAUUGCUCAGACAUUGUUGUUGUUAAUCGUGACACCAGCAAUAUCGGUAUUUUUCUUGGCUACGGAAAUGGAAGUUUUGCAAACCAAGUUACCUAUUCAAUCGGGCGUUACACUUCUCCAUGGUCGGCUGUGGUGAGUGAUGUAAACAACGAUGAUAAACUCGAUAUUGUCACCGCCAAUUAUAACACUGGUACCAUAGGCUUGUUUGAUGGCUAUGGAAACGGAACUUUCCAUAAAAUGAAGGCAUAUUCAACUGGAACCGGCUCUCUUCCGAGAUAUGUUACCGUUGGAGAUAUGAACAAUGAUAACCGAUUAGAUAUUAUUGUGGUUAACUAUGGAACUAAUGACGUGAUCAUAUAUUUUGGAUAUGAAAAUGGCAUUUAUUAUGAGGGAAAACCAUAUUCAACUGGCAAUAAAUCUAACCCAAUAUGCUUAACUAUUGGCGAUUUCAAUAACGACAGACGAUCAGAUUUUGCUAUUGCCAACUAUAUGAUGAAAGAAAUAGGUAUUUUUCUUGGAUAUGGCAGUGAACGUUUUGGAGGUCUCGCAACAUAUGAUGUUGGUUCUGGAUCUGAGCCACAUGCGGCUGCCAUUGGUGAUUUCAAUAGUGAUGGUAAAUCAGAUAUUGUUGUAGCUAAUUAUGGUAUGGACAAUGUGGGCAUUUUACUGGGAGAUGGCUAUACCAACUUUAAAAACACAAUUACAUAUUCAACUGGAAUUGGUUCUGCUCCUUGUUCUGUUGCAGUUGAGGACUUUAAUAAUGACAAUCAUUCGGAUAUUGUUGUUGCCAAUUGUAAAACUAAUAAUUUAUCUAUUCUUAUAGGCUAUGGCAAUGGAACUUUCGCCAUUGCAGCGACAUAUUCAACUGGUGAUCGUUCUCAUCCAACUACAGUUGUCACUGGUGAUUUUAAUAACGAUAAUUUGAUGGAUAUUGUUGUUGCAAAUUUUGGUACUAAUAAUGUAUUUCUACUAUAUGGAUAUGGAAAUGGAUCAUUUGGAAAUGAAGAAUCAUAUCCAUUAGGUUACAACUAUCGUCCUUACACGAUUGCAAUCAAUGAUUUCAAUCAAGACGGUUGGAUGGACAUUAUUGUAGGGUGUUAUGGUACAGACGAUGUAGAAAUUCUAAUGAAAAUGUGUUAA